CCAAACCGCCGUCGCCGCCAACAGAGCAACAUCAAGAAGGAUCCCGACGGCUACAAAGAUGAGUUCAUGCUACAGUAUCGCCACUACCAAGCUCUCCUUGACAUCUUCAAGCUGCGGCCCAGCAAGGAGAGCAAGGAGUUUGGCGAUCUGGUCAUGUUCAUGGCGCAGGUGUCCCGCGCCUACCCCAAGACCAUGACUGGGUUUGCCGGGGAGGUGUGCGCGCUGCUGGACACCCACCAGACGGUGCUGGACCCCGUCCUGCGCCGUACAUUGGUGGGGGCCCUCAUCCUGCUGCGGAAUAGGGCCCAGGUGGGGGCCAUGGAGGUGCUGCCGCUGUUCUUCAGGCUCUUCAGGUGUCAGGAUAAGGCCCUGCGGCAGCAGCUCUUUCGCCACAUUGUCGCCGACCUCAAGGCUGCCAACCGGAAGACACGCAACGAACGGCUUAACCGUGCCGUACAGAACUUCAUGUACACCCUCCUCUCCUCUCCACCACCCCCCAUCAGUUCUACUUCUGGUACCCUCUUGCCCUGGCAGCAGCUUCACUCGUUCGUGGUUCGUCUUCUCCUCCCCCCCCCAUCCCCCCGGCCUGCCCUCCUCGCAGCCUCCGCGGCCUUCCACAGGUCUCCGAGGGUGCUGCUCGCGGUGAUGAAGUUCUUCCUGGGCCAGGACAAGGACACAGGACGGGGGGAGGAAGGGGGGGGACAUACUCAAACACAGACACUCCAUUUCGCCCUCAAUGCAAUGCAGGGCACUCGCAGCAGCAAAAAGAAGAAGCAGGCCAAGUUGAAGCGCGUGUUGGCGACCGUGAAGAAGUCGGCUCGCAAGAGUGGGUCGGCGGGUGCGGGCGCGGAGUCCUUCGCCGCCAUUCACCUGCUACACGACCCGCAGACCUUUGCCGAGCGGCUGUUCGGUCGGCUGUCCCGUGGGUCGGAGAGGUUCGAGACGCGGCUGACGGUGAUGGCGGUGUUGUCGCGAGUCAUCGGAGUCCACAAGCUGUUGGUGCUGAACUUCUACCCCUUCCUCCAAAAGUACAUCGCACCUCAUCAGCGUGACGUCACUGCCGUACUGGCGGCACUCGUACAGGCGGCGCAUGAUCUGGUGCCUCCGGAGACCCUGGCGCCCGUCAUGCGGCAACUGGUGGACCAGUUCGUACACGACAAGGCCCGUCCCGAGGUCAUGACUGUGGGUUUGAAGGCGGUUCGCGAGCUGGUGUUGCGGUGUCCCCUGGUGAUGGGGGAGGAGCUGCUGGGGGACCUGGUGCAGUACAAGAAGUUCCGGGAGAAGCAGGUGGCGGCGGCGGCCCGGGCGCUGAUCUCCACAUUCCGGGACAUCAACCCGGCGAUGCUGGCCAAGAAGGAUCGAGGGAAAGGAGCGGACCUCACCGUGAAGCCGCGUGAGUUCGGCGACCUGGGGGUGGCGAGCCGCGUCGACGGCGCCGAGCUGCUGGAGAAGGCCCUUGCGGAGGGUCGUACGGGCAGCGACGACGAUGACGAUGAAAUUGACCUGGGGAGCAGUGGCGAUAUGAGCGAUAUGAGCGACGUUGAGGAGGAGGAGGGUGCGGGAGAGGACGAGGAGGAGGACCUGGUGUCCCUGUCUGGUGCGUGUGGGGGUGGGUGUGGGGGAGAGAGUUGGGGAUUGUGGGUGUGUGCUACGUGCAUUGGCAAUGUGUUUGUCGUACGUGUCGUACGUGUUAGGCAGGUUCGGUUGUGGAAGGGCCCUAUAGACGUCGUGAUCUUCUGA